AUGUCCCAGCAGAGCUCCGCUUCCGCCAAAGGCUUUUCCAAGGGGUCAUCGCAGGGCCCGACGCCCUGCCCCGCGCCCACCCCUGCGCCCUCCUCCUCCUCUUCUCCGUGCUGCGGCGGCUGCUGCGGCUCCGGCUCUGACGGCGGCUGCUGUGGCGGUGGCUGCUGUGGCGACACCGGCUGUUGCGGCUCCAGCUCCACCGGCUGCUGCUGCUUCCCAAGGAGGCGUCGCCGGCAGCGCAGCGGUUGCUGUUCCUGCUGCGGCGGCAGUCAGAGUUCCCAGCGCUCGGGCAUCCAGAGCUCCGGCUGCUGCUCUGGCGGCUGUUGA